AACUUCCGCCCGUCGGCUGCCGGUGUCCUCGGCCGAGGUCCGGAGCGCCUGGGUCCAUCGUCCCCUGGGACCGGUCGCUUCCGUCGGGGCACGUGUCGCAGCCGUCCAGACCCAGGAAGACGGUGAAAUCGGACAUCGCCACCCGGAUCCUGGCCCGGCUCCGGCCGCCCGCCGGGAGCCCCUCGACCCUGGAGAGGCGGCUGCGGGGGUCCCCCGAGCCCGUGACGGGAGCCCGCCCCGGCGACCGCGUGACGCCCGCUCCCCCCAGCCCCGCCGAACCAUGGAGAAGAUGGCCAGGGUCACCACGGCCCUGGGGGGCAACACCAUCACGGGCCGGACCAUGUUCUGCCACCUGGACGCCCCGGCCAACGCCAUCAGCGUGUGCCGCGCCGCCGCCCAGGUGGUGGUGGCGGGCCGGAACAUCUUCAAGAUCUUCGCCAUCGAGGAGGAGCAGUUCACCGAGAAGCUGAACCUGCGGGUGGGCCGCAAGCCCUCGCUCAACUUUAGCUGCGCCGACGUGGUGUGGCACCAGAUGGACGAGAACCUGCUGGCCACGGCGGCCACCAACGGCGUGGUGGUCACCUGGAACCUGGGCAAGCCGUCCCGCAACAAGCAGGACCAGCUGUUCACGGAGCACCGGCGCACCGUCAACAAGGUCUGCUUCCACCCCACCGAGGCCUACAUGCUCCUCAGCGGCUCCCAGGACGGCUACAUGAAGUGCUUUGACCUGCGCAAGAAGGACUCGGUCAGCACGUUUUCGGGCCAGUCGGAGAGCGUGCGGGAUGUGCAGUUCAGCAUCCGCGACUAUUUCACGUUCGCCGCCACCUUCGAGAACGGCAACGUGCAGCUGUGGGACAUCCGGCGGCCGGACCGCUACGAGAGGAUGUUCACCGCCCACAACGGCCCCGUCUUCUGCUGCGACUGGCACCCCGAGGACAGGGGCUGGCUGGCCACCGGCGGGCGCGACAAGAUGGUGAAGGUGUGGGACAUGAGCACCAACCGGGCCAAGGAGAUCUACUGCGUGCAGACCAUCGCCUCGGUGGCCCGGGUCAAGUGGCGGCCCGAGUGCAAGCACCACCUGGCCACGUGCUCCAUGAUGGUGGACCACAACAUCUACGUGUGGGACGUGCGGCGGCCCUACAUCCCGGCCGCCAUGUUCGAGGAGCACCGCGACGUGACCACGGGCAUCGUGUGGCGGCACCCGCACGACCCCUACUUCCUGCUGUCGGGCUCCAAGGACAGCACCCUGUACCAGCACAUCUUCAAGGACGCCAGCCAGCCGGUGGAGCGGGCCAACCCCGAGGGGCUGUGCUACGGGCUCUUCGGCGAUCUGGCCUUCGCCGCCAAGGAGACCCUGGUGGCGGCCGACGCGGGCCGCCGGCCCUACCCGGGCGACCGGCGCCAGCCCAUCUUCUUCAAGCGCCGGCUGGAUCCGGCCGAGCAGUCGGAGGCCGUCUCGUCCAGCGCCCUGAGCGUCUUCGAGACGGAGCCGGGCGGCGGGGGCGGCGGCGUGGCCUGGUUCGUGGAGACCGCCCGGCGCUACGCCCUGGCGGGCCGGCCCCUGGCCGAGCUGUGCGACCACAACGCCAAGGUGGCCCGGGAGCUCAACCGCAAUCAGGUGGCUCAGACGUGGACCAUGCUGAGAAUCAUCUACUGCAGCACCCCCGGCCCCGGGCCCGCCUCCGUCAACUUGAGCCACAGCCUCGGCAAGGGCAGCGUCGGCCUACCGCUCCUCAGCAGCUUCAACCUGAAGGACCUGCCCGCCGGCCUGGGUGGCGAGGCCCGCCUGGACCGGAGCAAAGGGGAGAACCGGAGCGAGAGCGUCUUGCUGGACUCUUCCACCACCCUCAUCGCCAACGACGAAAACGAAGAGACGGAAGGCAGCGACGUCCCCGCCGACUACCUGCUGGGAGAUGUGGACGGGGAUGAGGACGAGCUGUACCUGAUGGAUCACGAGAAUGCCCCCGGGGAGGAGGCGGAGUACGUGCUGCCGCAGGAGGCCUUCCCGCUGCGUCACGAGAUCGUGGACAACCCGGCCGGGCCGGACCACCUGCAGGACAAGGCCGACUCGCCCCACGUCAGCGGCAACGAGGCGGAGACGGUGUCCCUGACGCCCGUGGAAUCCUUCUCGCUCAUAUCCAUCUCCCACGCCCUGUACGAGAGCCGCCUGCCCCCGGACUUCUUCAGCCCCACCGUCCGCGCCAUGCUGCGCUUCUACGCCGCGCAGGGCGACGUGCAGACCGCCGCCUCCGUGCUCAUCGCGCUGGGCGAGCGCGUCCGCAAAGAGAUCGACGAACAGACCCAGGAGCACUGGUACACCUCCUACAUCGACCUGCUGCAGCGCUUCCGGCUCUGGAACGUCUCCAAUCAAGUCAUUAAGCUGAGCACCUGCCGGGCCAUCACCGGCCUGAACCAGGCCUCCACCACCCUGCAUAUCAACUGCAGCAACUGCAAGCGGCCCAUGAGCAACAAGGGCUGGAUCUGCGACAGGCAGCAGGACGGUCCGCCGUUGCUGGCCGAGGAGGAGCGCUGCACGGUGGAGCGCAGGGUCGACCUCACCUUCUCCGAGUUCGUCCACCGGUACGCCUUCUCCAAGCCGGUCAUCCUGCAGGGGCUCACGGACAAUUCGCUGUUCCGGGACCUCUGCUCCAGGGACCGGUUGCUGGCGGCGUUUGGAGAGCGCCCGGUGCGCCUGAGCACGGCCAACACCUACUCCUACCAGAAAGUGGACCUGCCUUUCCGGGAGUACGUGCGUCACCUGCUGCGGCCUCAGGACCCGCAGGCCCUGGGCAGCGAGACGCUGUACUUCUUCGGCGACAAUAACCUCACCGAGUGGGGGCCGCUGCUGCGGCGCUACCUGCCGCCCCCGUUCCGGCUCCCGGGCACCACGGCGGCCUACAGCUUCGGGAUCGCAGGGGCCGGCUCCGGGGUGCCCUUCCACUGGCACGGGCCCGGCUACUCGGAGGUGAUCUUCGGCCGAAAGCGCUGGUUCCUGUAUCCCCCGGAGGAGACCCCCGACUUCCAUCCCGACCGCACCACCCUGUCGUGGCUGCUGGACACCUACCCGAGGCUGCCGGCCGGGGCGCGGCCCCUGGAGUGCACCAUCCGCCCGGGCGAGGUGCUGUAUUUCCCAGACCGCUGGUGGCAUGCUACCCUGAAUCUGGACACCAGCGUCUUCAUCUCCACCUUCUUGGCCUAGGGUGCGGGGAGGGGGGGC